AUUCAUGAAAAAUAAGUUUAGAUAAAUUUAUGAAAAUAAGAGAAUGUAUAUUUGUUGGUUUUCCAAAGGCUUCUUGGAGUGACUCUCCAUUCUCUUCCUACCACUAUCUCUCUACAACAAACUAUCAAUAACUCUUUCAAAAAAAAAACACUUAAUAUUGGUUGAUUUUUCAAAAGAGCUUUCCAAUAUUUUUUUACUAUUUGGUGGUCCACAUGUCCAUAAUUAAUUGUCUUUUACAAUCAAAGUCACACUAUUUUUUCACAUGAAUCGAUUUUUGGAGGUGUCAUGACCAAGAGCUACAUUGAACUAGCUCUCCGUGAAGAGCUACUCGAGAGCCUCCGAGCCCCAAUGUUGGCUAAAAUAUAUUUCUUGUAGGACAACUACUUGAAGAGCUAUUUGGAGAGUCACUCAAAGAGCCUCAAUGUACAUGCUCUAGGGGUCACCCGAAUAUAAUUUUUAACUAAAAUAAGUUCUGAUAAUUUUUCUGUUCAAAACUGUUGAAAUAUGCCCCUUACCCGAAAAAUUUGGGGCGAUUAUUGGAUGGCCGGCCAACCUCGGCGAAUCCUUGUAUGUCGAGUAUGGAGGAGCAUUUGUUUUCUUCUUAUGAGAGGUUCUUGGGCUUGGAGCCCCCGGCUUAGAGUGCAAUUGUAAAUGGUUGAGGUGAUGACCUUGCUCUCCUUGUAGCUCAUUUAGCAAACGGUGGUGCUUCUAAGGUAUGUUGUAUGAGGGCUUUGCAUUUCUGUUUAAUUGCCCGUUUCCUUUUUUUGAACUUUGGUUGCGGGGUGGGCCAAGUUGCCCUUGUAGAAAUGGUGGGGCUAUCCGCUUUUGGGAAAGAUCCAAUGCCGCUUGUAAUUGGAGAGACUUUGAUGGGUCUUGAUGUUGCUAAGGCCAACCCUUCUACCAUGCUUUCAGGAAGUCCGGUGCUCCUUCUGGUUUGUCUUAUGGAAAGGCUCGUGUUGGUGGCACCACCGGAGAACAUGGAGAGCUAUAAUCGAAAAGGCUUCACUAUGCGGCAUUUGAUGUAUGGUCGAUUGUCUUUGCAUGAGUGGGAGGGCAUUCUCCACGAGUCUUCUAUUAGAUGGAUGGUUCCGUGGUGGGGAAUUGUUUCCAUGAAAUAUGCACUUGGCUCUUCUGUUUUGAGGGUGCCUAGCCUCACCGUCUUGAGCUUUUACUCUCAUGUUCGAGUGAUGAGACGAUUUGGCUUGAGGCAAGAAAUUCCAGAUUGUGCUAUGGAGAACCCGAUGCCAACUAUGUUGAAUGUUGAUCGCCUUGGGAGGUGGAUAAGGUAUUGGGUUGCCAAACCCUUUCUCAAUGUUCGAUUCCCGCCCGAGCCUGCCACUCUUACGGCCGGGUAUGUUGUGUGGAUGAAAGGUCAAAGCCAAAGGUAGGCUCCUCUUCAUGAGUCAAUGAAAGUCAGGGAUUCUAAAGCUAGACAUCUUGCAUCAAUCAGUAUUGAAGGGAAUGAUUAGAGUAAGGGUCAUCCGGUUCGUGACCGUUUGGGACCAAAAGGAGGUUCAUCAUCGACUCACUUCGGUAAGCUUGCUAUUGCUUCCUCCCGCCGCUUGGGCAAAGAGGAAAUGAAUGUUGAUGAUUGCGGGAAGGGUAAGGGGAAAGUAAUCAAGGCGCCAAAGCUCAAGAGCAUCAUAACCAAACCCAAAAAUGAUUCCGUUUAGAGGAAUUUGAGGUUGAUUUGAAUGUUGGAGAAAGUGUUUGAAGAUUUUGUUUUAGAAGUGUGUUUUAGAAAUGUGUUUAGGAAUGUGUUUGAUGGAAGUGAAAAAGGUUUGAAAUGACUUUGUUUCACUUGAUUCCGACCUUGUAGUCGAAUUAUCUUUGAAUUAAGGUUUUAGAGUCAUUUAUACUCGUUCGAAAAGAAGUUUAAUGAAUAAGAAUCAUCAUCACUUUCUU